AUGAAGCCAGAAGCAAAACUGAUCCAGAGGACAGCCUUCUCAGUGGAGGACAUUUUGGACCCGGCUAAAUUUACAAGAAGAAAAAUAAUGUGUGCAGAGGAUGCAUCUGCAGCAGGACCUUCCACCCACAGCGAUGAAGGCAGAAAGCUUCACCCGGCAGGAGGCCUCUGCAGCUCGGAGGAAGAGGAGGCUCUGAGUCCGGAGAGGAAGAGGCUCCACAGCCUGAAGGCGAAGAGCCGCAGGAUCCGCACCGCCUUCAGCCUGGAGCAGCUGCACCUCCUGGAGCUGAGCUUCAGCCGGAGCCACUACCUGUCGGUGCUAGAGAGGCACGCCAUUUCCGCGGCGCUGCGCCUCUCCGAGACCCAGGUGAAGAUCUGGUUCCAGAACCGGCGCACCAAAUGGAAGAAGGAGCAGCAGCUGCAGGGUAUGGAGGCCGAGGAGGAACACGGCUUCAUGUCCGGGUUCUCCACCCUCACCUGCAGCCCGCCGUACUACCCACAGAUCCCCCCACAGAUCCACAUGUUCUCACCGCUGGGGCCGUUCCAUCACCACUUUUACGCAUGAAGCGCAAAUCUGGGCACAUUAUGGACCAACGCGUGGAGCAGCAGACAAAAUGACUUCCUGAAGAAUAUGGCACUAUUUUCAUGAUUAAU